AUGCCAUCCAAAGGAGCCAAAGACAAAGGAGUUUUAAAUGAAUGGCAGGACAUGGGAAACUCGGAGGAACAGCGGGAUCUUGGCGUACUUGUCCACAACUAUGAAGAAAAGCUACAUAGGCCUGAGUUGUUUUCUUUUGAGCAAAGCAAGCUGAUGGGGGACCUGAUUGAAAAACUAUUUGGUUUCCUCUGGGAAUAUAUUGGGGAACUGGCAACCAGGCAGCCAGCAGAACUGAAGACAAUUGACAAGAUGGUGCUCCAGUUGUACGAACUAUCGCAAUUAUUCCCUGAAGCUGCUUGCAGCUGUGUUCAAUCAACCCUUAGACAAAGUGUGCAGGAACUAGAGAACCAGCUGCAAGUCAAAGGUCGGGCUUCAUUUCCUGGAUUAGAUAAGCUGCUUUACAUAAAGAUUGUAGGAGCUCUGUUCCCCACCUCUGAUUUCCGACACGCAGUGGUGACCCCUGCACUAGUGUACAUGAGUCAGAUAGUCACCAAGUGUUCUGUCACCGUACUGCGGGAUGUUGCUGCUGGACUGUUUGUGUGCUGCCUCUUCCUGGACUAUGUUUCACUUUCAAAGAGGCUGGUUCCUGAGGUUAUCAACUUCCUUGUGGGAAUUCUUCACAUGGCAGUACCUAGGAAAAGCACUUUAGGGUACACUCUGGUGCCACCUUUUAAAUCAUCUGCGAAAUCCUCUGACCUGAUGGUGGUGAAAGAUAAAAUGGCUGCCGAAUCAUGGGAAAUGAAGCCCUUGCCAAUUAGCCAGAUACAAAGGGUGGAACAACAAGACGAAACGCAAACAGCAAACUUCAAAUCACUGCCUUCCUUUCGGGAAAUAGUUAAUCCACUGGAAAUUCUUCUGACCUCACACCUACCCGUGAGUGAUUAUCCAGCUCAGCUCCAGAAACUAUAUCACGAGGUGCUAACUGAAGUGCAAGACAGGUCAACAUCUUAUUUGCCACUUGAGUUCGAAAAGAAGAAGCCAGUCCCCUUAAAGCUGUUCACACCCAAAAUAGUGGAAGUCUCAGAUUACGGGCGAAAACGAGGCGGUACCCGGCAAGAGAAAGAGCGAAUGAGGCUCGUCCACAAGCACAAGCGGGAAUUUAAAGGAGCUGUUCGAGAAAUCCGCAAAGACGCACAGUUUCUGGCCAGACAGAGGUUCUCAGAUAUCAUGGAAGGAGAUGCAGAAAGGAAGAGGAAGGUGAAGGUACUGUUCCAUAAUCUAGCGACUCAAGAGGGUGAAUGGAAGGCCAUGAAGAAAAAGAAGAGGAAAUUAUGAUAACCUUAACCUGUCGCUGCAAAGAAUGACUCACUCUCUAACCAAGGAGGUGCUGCUGCUGGAUGAAUGUGGUACAUAUGUCGCAGAAUCAAUAUUAAAAAUUUCCACAGGGGAGAUCUGUGAAAUUGAAUUGGGCAAAUUUAUUAGCUAAAUCUUUACCAGUCUUUCCAUCCUUCUUCAUGAUGGACCAUGAUAGUUUAUUGUGAGCAUUAACACAUUUUGAUCAAUAGCUGGUUAAUGACUGACUGCAGGAGUGAAUAUUAUACAACCUGAUUCCCAGCAAGUCACUCUUGCCAUGAAAUAUUUCUCAGCACAACACCCAGUGACUACCCUAAAGUUAUUAUUGUAGGUGGGUUUUAUUUCUGAUGGAAGCAUGUUAUUUUAAAAGUAUACAAGUGUUGAAAAUCGUGAAUAAAGACAGCGAGUGCACGAAUCAGCAAACAGCUCAGACAGCGCAACUGUGCACCUCAACAUUUCUAUUUCAAAACCAUGAUCUGUGUUUAUUUUCUUCAUUUGUGUUGGUGAAUAUUCUCUGCAUUUCCAGCAAGUUCUGGCUUUUCCAAAAAAUGGUCCAACUAUCUUUCAGGAUUGAUAAUUAUUAAUGUUGUAUAUCUUCUGGUUCAGCUAAUUCAGAUAAUCUGGAGCUGAUGGUUGACUGGACUCGGGAGUAACAUACAGGUUGACUGCACUUGGAGGCAGCAAGGCAGGUUCAAUCAAAACCUUUAACAAUUAAUAAUUCAGCUGAUAAACUGCAGGAUGUGUGCAGUUAUUUCUUUACAUUGAAUAUGCAAAAAUGUUGCAUUUUAUAUGGAAACAGAAAAUGUAAUCAUAAAUAGUAGGAAUGCAUUGCACUGAUGCAGAAUUUUUGCUGUAUUAACAUAGAACAGUACAGGCCCUUUGGCCCACGAUGUUAUGCCGACCUCUCAUCCUACUAAGAUCAAUCUACCCUGCAUACCCUACAUUUUACUAUUCUUCAUGUUGUACCAACAAAUAGAGGAGAGCGGAAUUAACAGCUCAUGUAUCCCAGGCCUUGUGUCUGUAAAGGUCCCACCAAUUCGAAGUGUGAGCAGGUGCAUGGAAAAUGUUUUCAUUCUAAGAAUCAUUUCCCGGUCAUGGUUAGAGAUGGUUCUGUGGUGAAGCAGCUUUGCCACAGACCAUUGCCUCCAGUAACUAUUUAUGUUUUAAUACAAAUCUGAUUUUGAAAAGCAACAUUUGGCUUUUGUGUUUGUAGAAAUACAAAAAUAAAACAAAUAUUUGGA